CUCUUUUGACCAACCACGCAUAACAGCGGUGAUUCGAGUAGAGCUACUAUCAGAUCUAACAACUCGUCGUCAAGAUGAACAACUCGGGCUUGCGUGGCACCACCGCCGCUCAGGAUACCCGUUUCAAGGAUAAAGAAUCCAAAGCUUUGAAGGGGACCAAGUUUCCACCCGAAUUCGAGAAGAAGGUGGAUGUCAGGAAAGUCAACUUGGCCAUCAUGAGGCCCUGGAUCACACAAACCGUCACGGAACUCUCGGGCGUGGAAGACGAUAUCGUCAUCGAGUAUACCAUGGAGAUGUUGGAGAACCCCGAGAACCCUUUGCCGGAUCCGAAGAAGAUGCAGAUCUCCUUGGUAGGCUUUCUCGGCGAUAACGCUCCAGAGUUGAUGAUCAGACUAUGGAAGCUUCUACUCUCCGCUCAAGAAUCCCCUGGAGGUGUACCCGCCGAGUUUAUCGAAGCGAAAAAGGCAGAAUUGUUGGCUCAGAGAGAAGCGGAGCGGGUCAUGCAGGAAAAGAUGAUGGGUCGAGGUCCUUCAGUGGGAGCUUCUGGAGGUGGACAACACGGCACCCGGAUUCACGCUGGAUUCUCGGGAGAUCGAUUACCGGAUCGACCGCCAGGAAGUGGGGGCAGAUACGGGGAUCGGGGUCCCGUGCCGAGGGACAGGGAUGGCAGGGCUUUCCCCAGAGGACAGGGAGCCGAGGGGUAUGGUGGACGGGGAGGCAGGGAUCGAUAUGAUUACGGAGGUGGUGGUGGGGGUGGGGGUGGAAGUCGAGGCGACUACGGCGCUGGAAGGGGACGAAAUAGAUCCCCACCCCCUCGCAGGUAUUUCGAGGAUCGUGAACGGGACAAUGGGUACGGGGCGAGGUCGAACAGGGAUCGAAUGGAUCGAGGUUCAGAGAGGGAUACCAAGGCGAUGGGAAUGAGGAGGGAUAUGCCUCCUGCCCGACGGGGGCGGCAGGCGGAUUCUAGGUCACGUUCCAGGUCUAGGUCGAGAUCGAGAUCAAGGUCCAGAUCGCGCUCGCGGUCGAGGUCAAGGACUCCGCCUAGACGAAGAGCACAAGACCAACCCGUCCGACGUCGGCCCAGAUCGCCUUCCCGAAGCUUAUCCCGCACGCCACCUAGACAAGUCCGACCUCGCCGCCGGUCCCCUUCUCGAAGCCCGCCUCCAACUGCCGCUCGCCGACAAGAACGAGGUCGUGGCCGUUCGCCCUCGAGGUCCAGGUCUAGAUCGAGGCCUAGAUCCCGCUCGCCGGUUGCACCGGGUCGCAGGGCACCGUUGCCUCAGGGAAGGGAUAUGGCUCCGGACGUCGAUGCGCCGACGAGGGGUAAGAGGCGACGGUCGCCGAGCGUUGUCAGAUCGGACAGGUCUCGAUCGAGGUCAAGGUCUAGGUCUAGGUCUAGGUCCAGAACGCCGGUCAGGAGAAGGAGGGAGGAUAAGGUUAGGAGCACUACUCCGCCUAGACGAGCAAGGAGCCCGGUUGAACGAUCGAGGUCCAGAUCGAGGACGCCUAUCAGAACUUCGCCAUAGAGUGUUACGCUUAGUGCACAUUCUUCGGGCCUGUCCGCGCGCACUUACUCGAUCUAGAGCUUCGAGCGAGACUCGCCGGUAACAAUAUCGAUAGCUGAGAUGUGCAGAGUCGUUUAGAAACGCUCGAAAUUACGGCCACGGGCAUGCAUGUAGCUCAAUCUUAUGCCAUAUAUGACCCUUUCGAA